GCAUGAACGCAUUGGCUUUGAGCUAUCUAGCUCUAUAAAUUGGUGCAACUAUUGGUUGCCUCAUCAAGUGAUCAUUCUCACUUGCAACCUCUUGCAUUGCAUUGAUAGAGUGAUAUGAUGGCCAGAGAGAUGGAGAAGGCAAGGAAGGCCACAUCCCCUAAGAGCUCGACGAUUAAUACUAGUCCCAAGAGCCCAGUAAGGAACAGCGGAGGAUCUCCACCUCAUAAGAAGAACCUUGCCGAGACACGAGGACAGAAAAAUGAACAGCAAAAUGUUCGGAAAGGUGGUCAAGACGUUAUGUCUCAUGAUGAGAGCAAACGCUAUUCCCCGACUUCACAGACCUCACCCAAGAGAUCACAAAGAUACGAGGAACCGCUGAGCUACUUUAGGCUUCACACUGAGGAGAGAGCAAUAAGGCGAGCCGGUUUCAAUUAUCAGGUCGCAAGCAAGAUAAAUACCCAGGAAAUUAUUCGGAGAUUUGAACAGAAGUUAGCACAGGUGAUGGAGGAACGCGAGAUAAAGAUGAUGAGGAAGGAGAUGGUUCCGAAGGCCCAACUCAUGCCAGCGUUUGACAAACCAUUCCACCCACAAAGGUCGACGAGGCCCCUGACAGUCCCAAAGGAACCAAGCUUCCUGAGGCUGAAAUGCUGCAUCGGUGGAGAGUUCCAUCGCCAUUUUUGCUACAACGCCAAGGCCAUCAAGUAGUACAACACAUGCAUAUAUGCCUGCGACUACAAGUACAAGAUGAACUUUUUUUGCCGUUCAGUUAAUCUGCAUCAUGAACCUACGUUCCCAUGCAUGGAUGUGCAUAUAUAGUUUCCAGCCUCUCACCAAUCUUCAUGUAACGAACGAAUUUUCACAUAGCCUUGAAUCGGUUGUUCAUGUAAAUUUUCUCUUUUGCUUUCUCCUCUUUAUCUUUAUUUUCAUUUUUCUCCUUUCUCUUUUACCUUUUUUGGCUCCACUGAAAGAAUAGCUAGGAGACCAAAGGGCUCAUCAGGAUGCAUGCGCCAUGUAUGUCUGAUGGCAAUAAUUAAUAAAGCUUGCAUAUAUAGUGCCA